UUCCUUUUUGGAUGGAAUUUACAACGGAAGGGCGCGUUCCGAAAAAAAUUGUUUUGUAGGCGGCGGUCGCUUUGCCGCGCUGAUUCAUCUUGUGUGUAGUAAGCCAACACACGGAGUGUUUGUUGUUGUGUGUGUAGCAUCGCUUUAGGGAGAGGCAUUUUCUAUUGUCCCGGAUAAUAUAUUGAUAGUUUAAGCAGCCAUGUUGGUGAUGUCCGUUUUGUUAAAGGUGGCCCUUGGUCUGUUGAUAGGGGCCGCCGUGUGUCAGCUCCUGGGAUUCGCCUGUCCCUACUGGGUGUCGUACUACAAUUAUAAUGCUGGACUCUGGCAGUGGUGCACCAGCCGCUGUAAUGAAAUGCCAGGGAGUGGAUCUAUGGGCGCGAUCCGUGCCUUUGAGACGAUUGCCUUCAUUUUGCUGGUCAUCAUCCUGAUCUUGCUGCUGGUCCAUAUCUGCGCAAGUCCGAACCUCCAGCUUGUCCUGGCUUCCGCCAUCUGCGCAUUCGUGGCAGCCGGUUUGAUCAUACUUGGUAUUUUGAUAUAUGUGAUUGAUCAGGCCAAGCAUAAUUUAUCCUGGGCGUUCGUUCUCUGCAUCAUCGCUGCGAUCCUCGCCGUUAUCGGCGGCAUCCUGCUCAUCGUCGAUCGUCGCUCUCACGUCAUCAUCGUCGGCGGAUCCAGUGGGGGCGCGGUGCGAACCACCAAGACCACCACCACUACUGUCACUGUAGCGAGAAGAUAGAUCCACGCCUCAGAUCCAGAGAGAUUUUAUACGUUUAUACACUGAGGUCGAAUAACAUGACUCAAUCAAUUCUGCUGGAUUAAUGUGUAUAUUGUCUUCGUUUGGAAUAGGUAUCUAUUCACUACCGAGGUGCCAUAAUAACAAAAACUAGUUGUUUUUAUAUUGUUCCUCUUGCCAGUGACGUCAGCAUUAUAAACUGAGAAGUGGUUUUCAAAUUAAUUAGACAAUAAAACAAUAAAUUAUCUCAGAGCGAGUCAUCCAGGACAUUUUUAAUUCCUUCCCUUUUCCUUAGUAUUCUUUGUAUGUAAGUUGUUAUCAAACAGAUUGCUUUAUUUUGUGCUGCUGGCUAUUAAUAAAAUAUCUCUGUAGUUAUCAACAUCGGCAUUAGCGGAAAAAAAUUAUUAUGACUCCCCUUUUUUUUUUACUUAUUCAUCAGAAUCUCAAGAAUGUCCAUUUUUGUCAAAUAGAGAAGAAACUCUAAGAAAGAAUACACAUUUCUCACGACCGAUUCGUCAAAUGCAGCCGUUAAGUUUGUUGAGAAAAAAGAGUCAAGGCGAGGGAAUAUUGGAUGAAAUUUGCAAUUAAUGAUAUUUUUGAUGCUGAAUUACAUUUAUUGCUAGAUUGUUCACAAAUUUUAAUAACAGGUGCCUAUUAACAAAUGUUCAGCAAGAAGAGAUGUAUAGUUUACUCGUGUCUAUAUAAAUAUAUAUAUAUUUACAUUGUGUUUUAGAAGUAUUUUAAUUUAUUUUACAUAAUUUGUACUACAUAAUAAAGGUUUUCUUUUUAAACUGAUGAAACUGUG